AUGCUGACUACGAUCCAGGUGACAGCCACAGUGAUGACCAGGGCCACGAUGCGAAGGGGGCCUGGAGGCAGGACAGAUGUGAGCAAGGCCACCUCUGAGGGCAGCGAGCUCCCGGACGACCCCAGGCCUCUUCAUAAGCUGAUCUCCCCAUCCGCUGGGGAGGAAGGGAUGGGAGAACAGAAGGGUGGAGACCUGCAGCCACCCACCAGGCACGAGAUGGGGACCAGCUCCUGGCGGAUGAAGGAGGAAAGCCCGCUGCAACUAGAAGGCUCUUGGCUUCGUUCUCCCUGGCAGUGUGGAGGGCCUCUGGAGCCCCUGCUGGAGAGGGCUUUGCCCUUGCCCCCUCCCCCGCCUGUGCUGACGGAGGAGCCACCUAACCCCUGA